UCAAACGGUCACACUUUCCGAAAUACGUAAAAAGUUUGCAAGUUUUUUCAUUCUAGAAAAUAAUCAAUCGUCAAAAUGGUGGUCAAAGCUGUCUGCGUAAUUAAUGGCGAUGCCAAGGGCACGGUUUUCUUCGAACAGGAUAGCAGCGAUACUCCCGUGAAGGUUACCGGGGAGGUGUGCGGCCUGGCCAAGGGUCUCCACGGAUUCCAUGUGCAUGAAUUUGGGGACAACACCAAUGGAUGCAUGUCGUCUGGGCCCCACUUCAACCCCCAUGGCAAGGAGCAUGGAGCUCCUGCAGACGAGAACCGUCACUUGGGCGAUCUUGGCAACAUCGACGCCACUGGCACCUGCCCCACCAAGGUCAACAUUACCGACUCGAAGAUUACGCUCUUUGGCGCCGACAGCAUCAUCGGGCGCACCGUGGUAGUUCAUGCCGAUGCCGAUGACUUGGGCAAGGGUGGCCAUGAGCUAAGCAAGUCUACAGGCAACGCUGGUGCCAGGAUUGGGUGUGGCAUCAUUGGCAUCGCUAAGAUCUAAUCGGCUGAAGGACGGACGCCAGUGGAGUUUCCAAUUCCGAACUACUCUAUUUACCACUACCUAUUGGAGAAAUGCAAAUGAUAUACAUACUUCUACAUAUACAUAGCCUGUGGUCUGUUAGGUUAAUAAGCAACCUUUGAGGUUCUAUAAAAUGGUGUUUUCGAAUUAACCCUUGAUCAAA